AUGGGUCUCUUGAAGGACCUACCUGAUGAGCGAUGGGGUGAAGAAGUACCACAACUGCGGGCAGUGCUGGCCGAGGAUGACGGUUCUUGGGAAUGUCAUGACGGUCGGGCUCCGCAACCAUGUGACAGUGUAUGUGGUGACGAUCGGGCUCCGCCACCAUUUGAUGAAGUAUGUGGUGACGGUCGGGCUCCGCUGCCAGUGCAUGGAAUGGCCUAUGACGGGGCUCCGCUACCUGAAGGUGAAUGUCCUGAUGGUCGGGCUUCGCAACUACAACAUGGAGGAUGUGGAGACGCUCGGGCUGGGGCACUAUGUGGUGAUCUUCCAGGCGACGGUCUUCAAGAUGAUGUGGAGUCUGUGUCACUGCCAACAAGGGUGACGGUGGAUGAUCCUCAACACGGGAUGUACCCUGGCUGGCCGGGGCGUGGCAAGGGGACCGGGAAGCCAAAUCCUUGGUCGCAGCCGCCGCCACCGCCGCCACCACCACCACCGCCACCGCCACCAAGGGACUACCUGGUGGAGCACAGGGGCAGUUCUCGACCUGUCCGGGUAGAGCUCACCGUGGGAGGAGUGCCAAUGGUGGGAUACCGCCAAGGGAUCCCUGGUGUGGACUACUCCAUCGAGCUCACAAUGCGAAAAACUGAUCAACCAGAUCAACGUCCUGCAGCUGAACCACCAAUAGUGGGAAAAAUUUGUGUUACAGCGACUGGGCCGUCUUCGGAAAGUGCUGGGCCUUCAAGUGCGAGUUCAAGGGCUCCUACAACGGAAAAUCCUGGGGGUUCAACCGCAAGUUCAAGGGAUCCUGCAACAGAAAGCCAGGCAACUGCGGCCAGUGCAUCAAGUGCUCCUGCAACAGAAAAUCGGGCCAAUGCGGCCAGUGCACCAAGUGCAAAUCCAGCAUACUCCAGACUGGGAGUUGUGGCUGAAAGGGUGAUGCCUGACGGGAGUAGGGUCAUUUACAGAAAUCCCAGGGAGACCUAUUACGAGAACGUCCCACCUCCAACGUCAAGUGCAUCUGCGCCCACUGAUCCGCCGACUGUUGACUCACCGGGUCCUGGUGAACCAGAGCCAGAGGCUGAGGACCUCACGGUGGAAGAAACGUCGUCUGAUGUCGAAGUGAUGGAAGUCAUGGUGCCGCACUACCUGCUGAACUUUGCCAUCAAGAUUGGGCUCAGCAUCUAUGUGAUGGAGGGCUUCAAGAUUCAAGAGAAUGUCAUGGCGGUCGGGCUUGGCAACGACCCGCUGGAAAAGAUCAUGGUGUCUGCGUAUGUCUGGACGCUCGGGCUUGGCAUCUUCAUGAUGGUGAAUGUCAUGGCUCUGGUGUAUGUCUUGACACUCGGGCUGAGCAUCUUCAAGGAUGUGUAUGUCUUGGCGCCGGUGAAUGUCCUGACAUUCGGGCUUCGCAACUAUGUAUGUGGCGACGCUUGGGCUCCGCUGCUGUGCUGUGCGACCUGCCACCUUUGGGCUCCGCGACCAUCUCUUGGGCUUGCUCCGCGACCAUCUCUUGGGAUGACUACCGAUGGUUGGGCUUGUGAUGGUGAUGAAUGCGGUGGAGGAGGUAGCGAUGAUCGGUACGAUGAUCAGUACGAUGAAAAGUACGAUGAUGUGGGGCUACUUCAUGGACGAGCUCUACAACCUCUUUGUGGUGAAGCCUUGCUGGGCUUCAAUGGUGCUGCAAGGGACACGCCUGGUCCCGGGGGAGCUGAAACGCUGGAGGAGAUCUAUGGCUGUGAUUGGGCCGCUCUACUUCCUGGACAUCAAGGACCAGCUGCUCUUCUUGGCCGUGGGCAUCUGCCCUCUUGCAUGCGGCCUGUCUGGCCAAUUUUGAAUGAGGAUCACAUCUGUGAGGUUGGGAAAAAUGGUUGGCAUAUGACCCCCAACGCUGUCCAGGAUGUUCAACUGUUUUUGGGCUUUUCUCAUCCUCAUGCAGAUCCUUGUAGCUGUGUAGCUAGUGCGAAUGGUAGUGAAAAAAGGGCUGUGCCCUACAAUGUGAAGCCUCAAGGGGUUUCGGAGCUGAUUGGUGCCAAGGAGAACUCCGACAGUUCUCAAAUCAACAGCCUGACUGGCGAUCAAAUCUCCAGGCAUCAAUCGGGUCCAGUAGGACCAAAAAAUGACGAGUUUUUGCAGGGUUCGGGUGCCCAGCUGAAGAUCCAAGUCCGUAGUGUGAACACUAGCCUUGAAGGGUCAAAAUCUUCAGCUGGCGCUGAGAGCCAAGUAGCCGUAGCACCGGUGGAAGGCAUGUCUGCCUACGGUGGUAGUUGUAGUGGUAGUUUUGUAGCUGCCAUGCUCUUCGCUCUGCCGACGUUGGUGACGGGACAGCCUGGUGAUGGUGGUCGCCGUGACCAAGACGGAGACUUUGGGGCAUUCCUGUUCUUCUUCGUGCUGCUGGCGGGAGGCGAUGCCGACUCCAAGACUGAGGAGAAGGAGGACCACUGGGAGCUCUUCACGGGCGGACGGGCCGCCAAUCCAACACCCGAAGAGGAGGAUGACAUGCCUGCCAUCCCCGAGGACUACGUGCCUACGCCAAGUACUCCUGACCACUGGGUGCCGAUGAGCACGCGCAUCCAAGAGCGACGUGAUCGAGCUGAAGAUGCACUACAUGGUGGAAAGGGGAAGGGAAAAGAAAAAGGAAAAGGAAGGGGGGGAAGAGAGAUCUUCCGGCCUGGCCAAGGGGCGCGACUUCGCCCGGCUACGCCCUCUCCUUCGGUCUGCCUGGCCGAGGAGAGCCAAGAAGAGACUUCAGUGGCCUCCACGCCGGGGACUGCUGACGUCACGCCUGAUGAGGAGGAGGAGGAGGUCGACCCGGCCAUUCCGUUCCCUCAUGGAGCGAAAGCACCUCCGGCAGCCUGGAUGCAAGGACAACGUCCACCAGGGCAGCCGCAAGCUUUCCCGCAACAGCAGGGCCUACAAGGGCCUCAAGCGAUGCAGCAGGGGCCAAUUGGGCCUCAGCCACAACAUGAACUUCAAGGAGCUGAAGGGGCGACGCCAAAAGCCGCUCCGGCUACAGAAGGGGCGGCACCAAAAGCCGCUCCGGCUGCGGGCAGCACGGCAUCACAGGCCGUUUAUGCUGCUGCUGCUGCCGACGAUGAACCUCGUGGGGGCGACCAGGCAGAGCCAGCUGGCGAGCCAGGUUUGCCAGAUGAUGGGCCACGGCGGGGUGAGUCAGACGAAGUACCCCGGCCGACCAUCUUCACAGCCGCUUUUGGCACGGUCUAUCACGUGAGGCCGAGCUGCGGAAAAUUGAAAUGCGCCUCGCGCAUCUACAGGCAUGAAGCCUUCACGCCUUGUCCCUGUGGACCGCUACAGCGUGGUGGGAUGGUCUACAUCCUGGAUAACAAGUACCACACGGUGAAUCAUAGCAGAUUCCCAAUGUCAAGGAGGCCAUGUACUGAGUGCGCCGGCUGA